GUAGAGAUGUCUCAGAGUUAUGAUGUGAUUGUGGUAGGAGCUGGUGUGGUUGGAAGCUCAACUGCCUACAACUUGGUACAGCAUGGAGCAGGUAAAGUGCUUCUCUUGGAACAGUUCUCAUCACUGCACACUCGAGGCAGUUCUCACGGUGGGUCCAGAAUCACCAGACGUGCCUACAACAAACCGUUCUACGUGCACAUGAUGGACGAGGCGUAUCGAAUGUGGGACCAGAUCGAGAGGGAGGGAAAGACAAAGCUAUACACUAAUACCGGGAUCUUAGUGUUUGGGCCCAGAACUAGCCCAGAUUUGAAGAAAACCAUAGCGAGUCUGCAUAUUAAUGAAGUGGAGCAUGAAGUACUGACAGCAGAGGAGGCCAUGUUGCGGUACCCUCACCAGCUGGACCUGCCGUUUGAUCACAAAUGUGUGUUUGAGAGAGACGGGGGAACUCUACUAGCCACAAAAGCUGUCAGUGUUAUUCAGAGACUGUUCACUGAGGGUGGUGGUGAGCUACUGGACGGACACAGAGUAAAAGAGAUAGCCCCUGGGCCCAUUGUCAGAGUAACCACUAACAAUGGAGACUUCACAACCAGGAGACUUGUGGUCACUGCCGGGCCUUGGGCUCCUACCAUUAUGGCUCAGCUUGGAGUGAAGCUGCCAUUCAAGUUCAGUAUAAGAAGGGCGGAGGUGUUCUACUGGAGAGUGGAGCAUCCGGAGCUCUACUCUGCCGAUACCUUCCCAUCCGUCAUACUGUACGAUGACACGCACCACCCGUUCUACGCCAUGCCCAUCUGUGAAUAUCCUGGUCUGGUCAAGAUCUGUCCAUAUGCCACCGUGUGUGUGGAUCCUGACAGUAGGGACGAGCAAAUCUCUCCUAGGGUCGAGGACAUUCAGCCGUAUGUUGCCAAGUACUUUAAGGGCGUGUCUACAACUCCUAGUAUCUAUGAAGCCUGCAUCAUUACAAAAACACCAGACGAGCAUCCUAUUAUUGACAGACACCCCGGGCACUCCAACAUAGUGUUUGGGGCUGGCUUCUCAGGUCAUGGGUUCAAGCUGUCCCCAGUGAUGGGCAAGCUGCUGUGCGAGCUAGCUAUGGACCUCCCACCAUCUCACGACCUCACACCGUUCAGACUGGACCGGUUCAACAAACACUCGUCAAAACUGUGACCUGAAUAAACAUGCACUUGUAAUCACCAGAACACAUGAUAUUUAUAAUCAUUUAUACUCAGUGUACAUGAUUUUAUACUCUGUGUAUUGAGUAGACUCAGUUAUAAUUUUUAUAGUA